AUGCAGUUCUCCAUGUUCAAGACCCUGGCAGCGGCCUUGACGCUUGGCAGCACUGCCUUUGCCACCAUCACCGGACCAUUCUACAUUACCAUUGUGCCCGAAGAUGGCUCAGCGUCUUAUCCAUCUACCAUUGCGACGGUAUCUCGAGGUGCCCAGAUCUUGUCAUCAGCAUUGGAGUAUGAGCAGCAAUUCACAUUCAACGAAACCUCGGGUCGCCUCUACAAGGCCGACGAGCCAACCAACGGCAGCGGCGCAUUAAACGUCGGCGCCCCCUUCCUCUUCAGCCAGACCUCGGGCGCUGCGCUGACGCAGGUCACCGUCGACGGCGAGACGUACUUGGUGCAGGCCGGUACCAGCGACAUUUACCAAUGGUGGAGCACGCCGACGACUACUGGUCUGGCCGUGCAGGUCAACUUUGAGGGCGUCGGUUCUGAUGACGCCAAUGCGGCUCUCCGAGUGGACGUCGAGUCAACUUGA